AUGUCCACUCUGAGCCCUGCAGCAGCAACAAGAGAUGUUCUAGAGCCAGACACAGAAUGUGCUUUCUGCAAGGAAAUAUCCGAAGCUGGGAAAAACUCCAAACCUCCGAAACUGUCUCGCAGAGGAGCCAUUUUGCUAGGGGUUUCAGGAGCAGUAUUUGCUGGUGUCAGUGCUCUCUUGGUGCCUUUUGUGAUUCCCGGCAUACGGAAAUUUGCAUUGCCUUAUAUUCCAGCAUCGUCUGCACAGAUAAACAAUGUAAUGAAAGCUUUGGCGGGACGGUCUGGUUCACUUAUUGACAUUGGGAGUGGAGACGGACGCAUUACCUUGGCCGCAGCACAGAAAGGUUUCAGAGCUUAUGGAGUUGAGCUCAACCGAUGGCUGAUUCUUUAUUCUAGAUGGUCUGCAUGGAGACAAGGACUUCAUCAGCAGGCAUCUUUCUUCCGUCAAGAUUUAUGGAAGACUAAUUUGUCCUGCUACAACAAUGUUGUCAUCUUUGGAGUGGAGUCUAUGAUGGAGCCACUAGAGAAAAAGCUUCAAGCAGAAAUGCCAUCUGGCACCAGAAUUGUGGCAUGUAGAUUUCCACUACCUUCCUGGCAGCCGGUGUUGACCUUGGGAGAGGGAGUUGACACCGUCUGGUUGUAUGCUGUACCAGAGAGCCUUGCUGGCAACAGAUCUAGCUUGUCCAGCAGAUGA